AAUGGGACAUGCGAAAACAUAAGAGGUUAUUGGAAGUAACUGGAGCCUCAGCCGCAGCGCAUCUCUAAUAGGGAAUACUGAACCAAUUUCAGAGUGUGCAGACCACAUAUUCAAGUAAUCUGAAGACGCUGAUGAGGCGGCGCAUCAAGUGGCACCAUCAGAAGAUCCACUCAGGUCUCAAAUUGACGAGCACUGCAACUGAAUGUUCAGAGCAUCUCCAUCUCGAUGGCGACGAACCCGAUGGAGCGAGCAAGGAGCCAUACGACACUACUGAUUCCCUUGCCGUGGUUGUUCUGUGGGACGAGGUAGACAGUCAUCUGGAACCAGUGGAGGAGGAUGACGACGAGAUCCGUGAUAGUCCUCCAGAACGGUUACACACCCUCAACACCAGUGCCUAUAGACACCUGAGAGCUGUGCACCCAGAUGUUCCGUUGGCGGUAAAAAGGAGGUUGAGCGAGUCUACUCCUGCCCCCGACUUAGCUCCGAUUGAUGGCGAUCCUGAUCCUACUGCCACAACUACACUGUCUGCUCCUUGUGCACCAGGUACACCCUUCAGGGUUUCACCAAAGAAAAGAAAAAUCACCAUCAUGGACCAAGUUUCUGCUCUAGUGUCAGAGUCGGUCGCCCAGCUCGGUGAAAUGGACGCAGCCAUGCAGGCACAGGAAGACGCACGACUGCAGCUGUUAAUGGAGCAUGAGAGGGAAAUGCAGAACAAUCUAAUAUGUCAGCUGACGACCAUGCAUGACAACAUCAUUAAACAAAACCAUGAGAGACACCUUGAGCUGGUGGACAGGUUACUGUCUAGAUUUCCUUCAUCGUCUUCAGACAGCUGAAGGACUGUUCCUGCAAGGGACUGUCCUGUGUCUGACAUGCCUGUCCAUUUUCCUCUUUAUUUUUACUCCAUUUUUAAUUAGUUCUAGAGACCAUUCAUCCUUACAGCCUGACUCUAUUUUCUCUACACUGUCACAAAUGUACGUGAAAACCGGCCUUGACUCACAAAGCAGGCACUAGUUCUGCUUCACUACUUUUGCUUUUGAUACAGAACUGGUGUUUCAUUCAUGCUCUUCUCCUCUUAUGAUGGGUUACUUUUAUAUUUUUGGCUUUUGUUCUAAAAACAUUUGGCUAACCUUAGCUAAUUAAUCUCUGGGUUAGUCACCUGUAAGCUAAAUGAUGGAGUGUUUUUUUGUUGUUGUUUGUUUGUUUUUGUUUUGGGUUGGGUUUUUUUGUUUUGUUUUUUUGCUUAAUUUGAAGUCUUUUUUUCAGAUUUUCCAAAAUGUUUUCAUUUAUCUAACUUCUGUCUGUUUCCUGGCCUACUUUUGAAUAUGUCUGCAAGAUGUGACAAUUUAGACAAUGUUAAGCUAAAGUAGAGGCUAAUAGUUAUAGAAGUUUUUUUUACUAAUUUGUGUUUUUUUUUUUCUUGAUUCAAUCUCUAAAUGUCAGUUUGUUUGUUUUUUAAAUUUUUUGAAAAAUGUAUCAAAACACCAGAAAAUACCAAACCUUUGUUGUGGAAAUGCUAUGGAAUUAUCAACAUGUUGAGCUUUAAAUAAAGACAUACGCAACCUCA